AUGAAUACCUUCAUUAUCCGUGCUUACUAUGAAAUUACUUUGACGGACUUAACAUCAUACCGUCUCAUGCUACAUCAAAAAUUUGUUGAACGUUUCCCCCAAUAUUCGCAUGUAACUGUUCAGAGAGUCUCAGAUCAAUACCGUUUCAUUGUGCGAAGCAAGAAGAUUCCAGCUUCUACCAGGGAUCGCAUUCGAUUCAAAGUUACCCGAACAGCUCGUAACGAAGAGUCAGUGGUUGAUAGUACGAAUUCAGUGCCUAUACGCCGCUCUAGUCCUGUGAACAUUCAAUACCAUACUCGCCAUAUCACAUUACUUCAUCGCCCAGCUAAUAUCUCGAGUAAUAUCCGAGACGAGUCUCAGACAGCAUACUUGAAAUACUUUGAAAAUGAUCCAUUGCAUUGGCCUAAAACUCCUAGGCUCCAUACAACCAAUGCAACUAACAGCAAUAAGGUUACAUGGUCAAAAGAUCCUCUGCUAUUGCCGUCUGCUAUUGAUGCGGGACAAAAAGGUAUUCCGCCAUGGAUGGCGGAUGGUGGAUAUAAUGUAAGUCGAUCAAAUAGUAGACUAAAGAAAUAUGCAGUAAAAAUAUACAGGCAGUUUUCUAUUCAUAGAGACACACCAGUCGUAGAGUUUAUGGAUAUUUUAAAGCAAAAACUCUCUGUUGUUUGUAAUCGCUUACAGAGAUAUGGAGAGGCACAUGCCAGACGUGUUCAGAACUCUAUGUAUAUAAAAAAUCAACGUCAAUUCUUCUCUACACUUGGUUCAACUGACAACACUAGACAACAUGCAUCUUUCUCAGUUACAGAAGCAAAGAACUAUUGGAGUGCGCUGUGGGAAUCAUCUAAAGUCCAUGUUCUGCAUGCAGAGUGGAUAGAUUCCGAACAUAAUCGUUAUGCCAGUAUUGCCACAAUGCGACUUAUGGAAGUAACUGAGAACGAAGUACGGGAAACCAUUGUAAGAUCCAGUAAUUGGAAAGCGCCAGGCUUGGAUAAAGUGCAGAAUUUCUGGUACAAACAGUUUCGAUGUGUCCAUAACUAA